CGUUGCCCACAACGUGUGUCUACACGUGACAGUUGUAAACUACACAAAUUGAGAAGAGAAAGAAAGGGGAAAAAAAAUCUGAAAAAUCUAGAGGGUGUGUCUGUCCGGGAAUGUGGGUGGCGGAGUCUAUAUAGCUGAAUAGCUUCAUUCACCCUCUUUCGAUUUUUCGGUUACUAUGCCUAUGCUCAUGGCUGCUUCAACUUCAACCUCUGUGGUUGGAAGCGGCCUUGCCAUCCCUCACCAUCGUCAUCAUCUUCUUCUUCACCCUUCCGUCACAACCUCUUCUCGUUUUCACACUCCAUUGCGUAACAACCGUUUAUUCCUAUCUUCUUCCACUAGGGAAAGAAGAAGGCAUAAAGCUGUUCAUGGCGGAUUGAACAAGCCUCGUGCCUGGAAACGCCUUUGUGAACCCUCGUUUUUCGUGCCGCAUCAAAGCUGCACCUCUUGCUGUCUUGCCUCCGCCAAGAAACGCCGUUCAAUUCUCGCAAGAUUUGGUCCUGCGGCUUUUCCUGAUAAUUCUUCUUUUCAGCUAUCUAAGAAUAAAUUCCAGUGUUCUUCUGUCAAGCGGGUUCAACUUCCGCGUGCAACUGUGGGUCCGGAUGAGCCACACGCAGCAAGCACAGCCUGGCCAGAUGGUAUUGCUGAAAAACAAGAUUUAAGUGUAUUGGAUUCUGAAUUAGAGCGGAUUGAGGGGUUUCUAAGUUCUGAACUUCCAUCUCACCCUAAGUUGCAUCGGGGUCAACUAAAGAAUGGACUGCGUUAUUUGAUUCUACCUAAUAAAGUUCCUCCAAAAAGGUUUGAAGCACACUUGGAAGUUCAUGCAGGAUCGAUAGAUGAAGAGGAUGAUGAGCAAGGAAUUGCACAUAUGAUUGAGCAUGUUGCUUUCUUAGGAAGUAAAAAACGUGAGAAGCUUCUGGGAACAGGAGCCCGCUCAAACGCCUAUACUGAUUUCCAUCAUACAGUGUUUCACAUCCAUGCUCCUACAACCACCAAGGAUUCUGAUGGUGAUCUACUUCCAUUUGUUUUGGAUGCCUUGAAUGAGAUAGCUUUCCACCCAAAGUUUCUUUCUUCUAGAAUUGAGAAAGAACGGCGUGCUAUACUCUCAGAGCUUCAAAUGAUGAAUACAAUAGAGUAUCGUGUUGAUUGCCAGUUGUUACAGCAUCUGCAUUCUGAAAAUAAGCUGAGCAAAAGGUUUCCUAUUGGAUUAGAAGAACAGAUAAAGAAGUGGGAUGCAGAUAAAAUAAGGAAGUUUCAUGAGCGUUGGUAUUUCCCUGCAAAUGCUACCUUGUACAUUGUGGGGGAUAUUGAUGACAUCACAAAGACUGUUUACCAAAUUGAAGCAGUUUUUGGACAAACUGGUGUGGAAAAUGAGAAAGGUUCUGUAGCCACUCCUAGUGCAUUUGGUGCAAUGGCUAGUUUUCUUGUUCCUAAGCUCUCUGUUGGUCUGGGUGGAAAUUCUAUUGAAAGAUCUGCUAAUACAAUGGAUCAAUCAAAAAUAUUCAGUAAGGAAAGACAAGCUGUUCGUCCUCCUGUGAAGCAUAAUUGGUCACUUCCUGGAAGCAGUGCUGAUGUAAAGCUACCACAAAUAUUUCAACAUGAGUUGCUUCAAAAUUUUUCAAUUAAUAUGUUCUGUAAGAUUCCAGUGAAUAAAGUUCAAACAUACAGAGAUUUGCGCAAUGUCUUGAUGAAAAGAAUAUUUUUGUCUGCUCUUCAUUUUCGAAUUAAUACAAGAUAUAAGAGUUCAAAUCCACCAUUCACUUCCGUUGAAUUGGAUCAUAGUGAUUCUGGAAGGGAAGGAUGUACUGUGACCACUCUUACUAUAACUGCAGAACCAAAGAAUUGGCAAAAUGCAAUUAGAGUUGCUGUACAAGAGGUUCGAAGACUUAAAGAAUUUGGUGUUACCCAGGGUGAAUUAACUCGUUAUUUAGAUGCCCUUCUGAAAGACAGUGAACACCUGGCAGCCAUGAUUGAUAAUGUAUCUUCUGUUGAUAACUUGGAUUUUAUCAUGGAAAGUGAUGCUCUUGGCCAUAAAGUUAUGGACCAGAGACAAGGGCAUGAAAGUUUACUUGCUGUUGCUGGGACAGUUACCCUUGAUGAGGUUAAUUCUGUUGGUGCCAAGGUGUUAGAAUUUAUAGCUGAUUUUGGAAAGCCUACUGCACCCCUUCCUGCAGCAAUUGUUGCUUGUGUUCCAAAAAAAGUUCACAUUGAGGAAGCCGGUGAAACAGAAUUCAAGAUAUCAUCGACUGAAAUUACAGAUGCUAUCAAAGCUGGAUUGAGUGAACCUAUUGAGCCAGAGCCUGAGCUUGAGGUGCCAAAAGAACUGAUACAAUCAUCAAAGCUAGAAGAGUUGAAAAAUCUGCGCAAGCCAGCCUUUAUUCCUGUAAAUCCUGAAACAGAUGCUACGAAGCUUCAUGAUGAGGAAACUGGGAUCACAAGGCGCCGUCUUUCAAAUGGAAUCCCCAUUAAUUAUAAGAUAUCAAAAACUGAAACACAAAGCGGUGUGAUGCGGCUGAUUGUUGGUGGUGGACGAGCAUCUGAGAGUUCUGAGUCAAGAGGAUCUGUGAUUGUGGGUGUUAGAACACUUAGUGAGGGAGGUCGUGUCGGCAACUUCUCAAGGGAACAGGUGGAACUUUUCUGUGUAAAUCACCUGAUAAACUGCUCCUUGGAAUCUACGGAGGAAUUCAUAUCUAUGGAGUUCCGUUUUACUUUAAGAGACAAUGGGAUGCGUGCAGCCUUUCAAUUGCUUCACAUGGUGCUUGAGCAUAGUGUCUGGGUCGAUGAUGCUUUUGAUAGAGCAAGGCAGUUGUAUCUGUCAUAUUAUAGAUCCAUCCCCAAGAGCUUGGAGCGGUCAACUGCUCACAAACUCAUGGUAGCAAUGCUGGAUGGAGAUGAGCGUUUUAUUGAGCCUACACCAAAAUCACUGGAAAAUUUGACCCUUCAAACUGUGAAGGAUGCAGUAAUGAAUCAAUUUGUUGGUGAUAACAUGGAGGUAUGCAUUGUAGGUGACUUCAGUGAGGAGGAUAUUGAAUCUUGUAUUCUUGAUUACCUUGGCACAGCUCAGGCCACAAGAAAUCACAGACGAGAGGAAGAUUUCAACCCACCCUUAUUUCGUUCAUCUCCAUCUGAUUUACAGUUUCAAGAAGUAUUUUUAAAGGACACCGAUGAGAGGGCAUGUGCUUAUAUUGCUGGGCCAGCACCAAACCGUUGGGGUUUUACUGUUGAUGGAAAAGACUUGCUAGAAUCAAUUAAUAAUGCACCAACAAUCAAUGAUGAUCAGUCAAAAUCUGAUGCUCAACAGACAGAAGAUGGUUUGCAGAAGAGACUUCGUACUCAUCCUCUUUUCUUUGGUAUAACAAUGGGACUGCUUUCUGAGAUUAUAAAUUCUAGGCUCUUCACAACUGUAAGAGAUUCUCUGGGGUUGACAUAUGAUGUGUCAUUUGAGUUAAACUUGUUUGACAGGCUUAAACUAGGAUGGUAUGUGAUCUCUGUGACCUCAACACCAAGCAAGGUGCACAAAGCUGUUGAUGCAUGCAAGAAUGUUCUUAGAGGUCUGCAUAGCAACAAAAUUACUGAGAGGGAAUUAGACAGGGCUAAACGGACCCUUCUUAUGAGACAUGAAGCUGAAAUUAAGUCAAAUGCAUACUGGCUGGGAUUGUUAGCUCACUUACAAGCUUCUUCUGUUCCAAGGAAGGACAUAUCAUGUAUCAAGGACCUAACUUUUCUAUAUGAAGCUGCUGCUAUUGAGGAUAUAUACCUUGCAUAUGAACAGUUGAAAGUGGAUGAGAAUUCUCUAUAUUCAUGCAUUGGGAUUGCUGGUGCUCAGGCUGCACAAGACAUAGCAGCUCCUUUAGAAGAGGAAGAAGUGGGCGAUACUUAUCCGGGUGUUAUUCCUGUGGGACGAGGUUUAUCCACAAUGACACGGCCAACUACGUGAUAUGUUUGGACUUUGUUUUAGCCUGGUUGCUUUAAGAUCUGGAGGGUUUGCAGCAUGUUUCCCAAGAAGUUGCUGCAUUCAUUUAACAUUCAAACAACUCGACAUACGAGCUGUUCGAUAAACCUACGAAGCGGUUCUUGACUUGCGUGUGAUUGAUUUCCAAGUUAAUCUUGCUUUUAUCUUCAAUCGGACCACUAAUAAAAUGCUAUUAAUACCUAUACUUUUGUAGGAUUAGAAUAAAGAAAAUAUAGGAUCUGCCACUAUGAUGUAUAGGUGCCAUUUUUUGUCCGUCGGCCAUAUUUUUUUGUUUUUUUUUUUUUUGGGGGGGUGGCGGGGUGCGGGGGGUAACGCCGACUAUAUCGUAGCGUAGGAAAUUAAUCUGUUUAUUAUGUUGUAAAUCAUUGUUUCCGCGCUUGUAAACUUGGAUUUUUCAUCGUCCCAUCGAAAUGGGAAUUUCUAUCAUCAUUUUCUUGUUUUCCCAAACCGAAAUAGACUUUUGUUUCGCAAGCAAGUUGCUAAUAGAAUGGGCAUAUACACAGUAACUUUU